CUUGGAAAAUGGCGACACGUUUAAUUUUAUUCCUGUGCUUUUUCACUAUUGUUUCUUUGGCAGAUUGUCUCAGCAACUCUACAGAAGUCAACCAUUGUCAAUUAGACAACCCCAUACUUGGCUGUUACCGCAAUGUCGCUAAAGAGAUAUUUGAUGCUGGUGAAGACGUUGGUAGAUACUGCAGGGCCAUCAAAGAAUAUAUGAGCUGUUCAGAGAAAGUUGCCUGUGAUUGUCAUCUGGGAAAUACUGAUCUGGUUUUGAGAGAAAUAACACGUUAUGUUGCAGUUUACAAACAUUACAACUGUAGCAAAGAACUGAAAGAAGAUCUACAAAUCACCCCUGGUAUAACGUGUCCAGGUGAAUCCAAAGACACAUACAAUAUCGAUGAAGCUUUGAGGGUGUUAUCUUUAGAUACAUUACCAAAUGUAGGAAUAUUAAAUCAGCAUUGUGUUGGUAUGAAAACGUGUUAUAAGACGCUCAGUGAUGCAAGCAGUGUAGCUCUUUACUCGAAAAAUUUAACUGGGUUUUGCAGUGCCAUUGAAGACUUUUUACCAUGUUUUGAGGAAAGUGCUUGUAGCUGUGGACAGAGUCAGAAUAUGACCUUUGUUCUAACAAUUGCAAAUGAAAGACAAGCUUACAAUGGAUAUUGCAGCAUUUUAACAAAGGGGGUAUUCUAUGAAGCUGGAAUCAAAUGCCCAGCUAUCACAGAUAUUUGUGAACAAGAAAAUCCUAUUUACGACUGUUUUAAAACGUUUAUAAAGAAAGUUCGUCCUUUUCGAACAGAUCGAUCGAAAUCUUGUCCAGCAUAUAAGGAAUAUAUCAAAUGUACAGAGAACAUGGCUUGUAAAUGCGGUUUAAGAAAUUCUGUUCCUGUAUUGCACAGUUUAAAAUCCUCUUUUGUUGGUUAUGAGAAAAUGGGUUGCAAUAAAGAGAGUGGAAAGUUAGAUCUUCAAUUCGGUGCCAGUUGUCCUGAGGGUUCACCAAACUAUGGGAGUAAGGGUAACGAAGUUGUAACCAGUAUCGGAUUGAUGGAAAAUGAUAUGGUUUUGGCUGUGAUUGAACACUGUGAAGCCUUGAAGCCAUGUUAUUUUCAAUUAGAUAGUAGUACAGCUAAAUCAUUUUAUAAAAAAGAAGUAGAUGCUAUGUGUCAAGCUCAGAGUGAUUUUAUCAAAUGUGCUGAAAAGGCUGGAUGUACUUGUAACAAGUAUAAAGAUACCAACUUUAUAUUGUUUUUAAUCAAACAGAAAUAUUUACAUCAACAGACUUGUCCACAAGACAUAAGAGUUAUGAAAAGUUUCAAACCGAAGUGUGGUUCACAGUCCAUCAACAAAACUUCAACUGUACCAUGUAUUUUAAUUGUCUUCAUACUUUUUACUCUUUUCUUUCAAUAAAUUCAUUUACAUCAUC